AAAGAAUUGUACGGCAAAACAAGCACGAGGAAAACUCGUGAACUGUGGAUUCGCCAUUUUGGCUGAAUUCAGAGUUUCAGUUACGCACGAGCCUUUCUUAAACCCUAAAUCACAUGGGUUCCAUGGCGGCUUCUGAUCAUUCAUCCAAACGCAUCACUGUUCAAACCAUCAAUCCCAAUGUUUUGGAAUUUGAGUAUGCUGUUCGUGGAGAAAUUUACUACCUAGCUCAGAAACUGCAAGAAGAACUUGAGGCAAAACCUGGUUCUCAUCCAUUUGAUGAGAUACUUUAUUGCAAUAUUGGGAAUCCUCAUGCCUUUGGUCAGCCACCGAUUACUUUCUUUAGGGAGGUGCUUGCACUGUGUGACCAUCCUCGCAUUUUGGAUAUGAGUGAAACUAAGGGAAUGUUCAGCGCGGACUCCAUAGACAGGGCCUUGCAGAUACUUGACAAAAUUCCAGGAAGAGCAACUGGUGCAUAUAGCCAUGAUCAGGGCAUCAAAGGAUUGCGUGACACAAUUGCUUCUGGUAUAGAAGUUCGUGAUGGUUUCCCUUCCAAUCCAAACAAUAUUUUCUUGACAGAUGGUGCAGGCCCAGCGAUUCACACGAUGAUGCACUUAUUAAUUAGUUCCAAGAAGGAUGGAAUCUUGUGUCCCAUCCCUCAGUAUCCACUCUACUCUGCUUUGAUUGCUCUCUACGGUGGCACUCUCGUUCCUUAUUAUCUUGACGAGGCAAAUGGAUGGGGACUUGAGAUCUCAGAGGUUAAGAAGCAGCUUGAAACUGCCACGUCUGAGGGAAUUAAUGUCAAGGCUUUGGUUGUGAUCAAUCCCGGAAACCCUACAGGGCAGGUUCUUACUGAGGCUGACCAGAAGGAACUUGUACAUUUCUGCAAGGAGGAAUGUCUUCUGCUUCUGGCCGAUGAGGUAUACCAAGACAAUGUGUAUGUGGCCGAGAAACAAUUCCAUUCGUUCAAGAAAGUUGCCCAGUCCAUGGGUUAUGGAGAAAACGAUAUUUCUUUGGUAUCUUUCCACUCCGUAUCUAAAGGGUUCUAUGGAGAAUGUGGAAAGAGAGGUGGCUACAUGGAAGUCACUGGAUUCAGCCCUGAGAUAAGGGAACAAUUGAGCAAAGUUUCAACUAUAUAUCAUUGUGCCAACGUUCCUGGCCAGAUUCUUACCAGCCUUAUCAUGAGCCCCCCAAAGGUCGGAGACGAAUCGUACGAGUCUUUUUGUGGUGAGAAAGAAGCAAUCCUCUCAUCCUUGGCAAGGCGUGCGAAGACGCUUGAAGAAGCGUUCAACAGCAUGGAAGGAGUGAGUUGCAACAGAGCAGAAGGAGCAAUGUAUCUUUUCCCCCGACUUCGUCUCCCUGAUAAAGCCAUAAAGGCAGCAGAAGCAGCCGAGGCUGCUCCAGAUGCAUUUUACGUUCAACUCCUUCUCAAUGCCACAGGAAUAGUCCUCGUCCCCGGCUCCGGCUUUGGACAGGAAAGUGGGACGUGGCAUUUUAGAUGUACGAUAUUGCCCCCGGAAGAUAAAAUCAAAGCCGUUGCUGCCCGGAUUACAGAGUUCCAUAGAGGAUUCAUGGACCAAUACCGUUGACUCGGUUUCUUUGUUCAUUAACGUCAAGUAUUUGUGUGAAAGUUGGGUUUUUAUUUAGGGGCAUGUUAGGAGUACACAAAAAUGGGAUACACAUAAGUACACCAGACAAACAUAGACAUUUAGUGUACGUGGAUCACAGAUACUAAAUGUCUGUGUUUGUCUAUGUUUGCCUAGUGUACAAAUGGGUAUCCAUUUUAGUGUAUCCCUAGGUUUAUUCAUGUAUUUAUGCUCCUUCUCUUUGUUCAGAAGUUUUAAACGUGGAGAAAGAUUUGUUCUCUUAUUUGUGGUUUGCACUUUUCCACUGGAGAAUUAUUUGGACUUUGGAGCAUCGAUGCUAAGUGCCAACGCACUCAAUUAAAUAUGUAAUAAUAUUCCUUGAUUUUU